AUGGCAGAGCGAAGAGAGCAGCAGCCGAAGAAGAAAGAAGAACUCCCAGCUUACUUCGCAGCCCUGGGUGCCAGCAGCCCCAAGCCCAGGCAGAAAUACGGAGGCAUGUUUUGCAACGUAGAGGGCGCCUUUGAAAACAAAACCCUGGACUUUGCUUCUCUCGGUUGCGAGAAAAGGACCGGCAGCCAGAAGCUCAACCGCGGGGCCCCCAGCCAGCAGUCCAGCGAAUCGGAAGGGCAGAGUGAAGCCAGCAGCGGGAAUCGAAACACUCCGCUCCUCACAGCUCCUCAGCCUUGCCCGCCUCCACUUGUAGUCCCGGAGCAACUGCCUAAUGGUGGCCAUCAGGAUUCUGAAUCAGUUAUGGAAAAUGAUGAGUCCAUGCCAAUUUAUCUUGGAAAUGUUUUGUUUGUUUACUUAAAUCAGACUGACCGGUUGCUCAUCAAAGGAGGAAAGAUUGUCAAUGAUGAUCAGUCAUUUUAUGCAGAUAUCUUUGUGGAAGAUGGUUUGAUUAAACAAAUUGGAGAAAACCUGAUAGUUCCUGGAGGUGUGAAAACAAUCGAUGCUUAUGGCCAGCUAGUUAUGCCAGGUGGAAUAGAUGUCCACACUAGAUUACAGAUGCCUUUGAUGGGAAUGACCUCGGCUGAUGACUUUUACCAAGGCACAAAAGCAGCUCUUGCAGGAGGAACCACCAUGAUACUUGAUCAUGUAUUCCCUGAUUCUGGAACAAACUUACUGACUGCCUAUGACCAGUGGAAGGACUGUGCUGAUAGUAAAGCAUGCUGUGACUAUUCUCUGCAUAUUGACAUUACACGUUGGCAUGAGAGUAUAAAAGAGGAGCUGGAGGCUCUUGUCAAAGACAAAGGUGUGAACUCUUUUCUUGUUUUCAUGUCCUAUAAAGACAAACUCCAGUGCACUGAUGCUCAGAUGUAUGAAAUAUUCAGUAUUAUUCGCGAAAUGGGUGCCAUUGCCCAAGUCCAUGCAGAAAAUGGAGACAUCAUUGAUGAGGAGCAAAAAAGACUAUUGGAACUGGGGAUUACUGGUCCAGAGGGUCAUGUCCUCAGUCACCCAGAAGAGGUUGAAACAGAGGCAGUGUAUCGGGCUAUUACCAUAGCAAAACAAGCCAAUUGUCCCUUAUAUAUCACAAAAGUUAUGAGCAAAGGUGCUGCAGAUGUCAUAGCGCAAGCCAAGAGGAAAGGCACAAUUGUAUAUGGAGAGCCCACUACAGCGAGUCUUGGUACAGAUGGCUCACAUUACUGGAGUAAGAAUUGGGCAAAAGCAGCAGCCUUUGUCACAUCUCCACCUAUUAGUCCAGACCCCACAACACCUGAUUAUCUCACUUCACUCUUAGCCUGUGGGGAUCUUCAAGUGGUGGGCAGUGCUCACUGUACUUUCACCACAGCACAGAAGGCUGUUGGAAAGGAUAACUUCACUCUGAUUCCAGAAGGAACAAAUGGUGUUGAAGAACGAAUGUCAAUAAUUUGGGAGAAAUGUGUGGCAGCAGGGAAGAUGGAUGAAAAUGAAUUUGUAGCAGUGACCAGUACUAAUUCUGCCAAGAUUUUCAACUUCUAUCCCAGGAAGGGACGGAUUGCUGUGGGUUCAGACGCUGAUUUGGUUAUUUGGAAUCCUAAAGCUACAAAGAUCAUUUCUGCAAAAACUCACAACUCGAAUGUGGAAUACAACAUAUUUGAAGGAACCGAAUGUCAUGGUGUCCCUACAGUGGUUAUAUGUCAAGGGAAGGUUGUAUUGGAGGAUGGAAACCUCUUUGUCGCCCCAGGUGUUGGCCGUUUCAUUCCUCGAAAGACAUUUCCUGAUUUUGUUUACAAAAGAAUAAAAGCCAGGAAUAGGUUGGCUGAAAUCCAUGGUGUUCCUCGGGGGCUUUAUGAUGGACCUGUUCAUGAUGUCAUAGUAACUGCGAAAACUGUGGCUCCAGCUCCUGCUUCAAGGAUAGCUACAUGUUCAGGCAAAAUACAGGUUCCACCAAUCCGUAACCUUCAUCAGUCAGGCUUCAGUCUGUCUGGAUCUCAAGCAGAUGACCACGUUGCGAGACGUACUGCGCAGAAGAUUAUCGCACCCCCAGGUGGACGCUCCAAUAUUACAUCUCUGUCAUAAUUCCAGGCUAAAAAUAUGUGCAUAUAACCUUAAUUAUAACUGGCCAUGACCACCCACUUUUAAACACCAUUGCCUAAAUUUCCCAUUGGUAUCAAUGGAACUUAAAAGAACAUCUCUACGGCCUUGAUUUCUACUAGGAUAGAUGAAUUAUGGAGGUGCAUUUAACAUUCCUUUUGAGAUACAUAUAAUUAUGAAAAGAAUCUGCCUUGUUUACACUCCCCAAGUACCUCUUUUUACUGGAAAUAUUUGGAAAAUAGAUUAUUUUACACUGCCAAAUUAAAGGGCUUGAAUGUGAGUCUACAACAAAGGAAUAUGAAAAUGACUUGCCUUGUUACUCAGGAUAAAAUUUCCCACCUUUUCUUCUUUAAGUCAAAACAAUAAACAUACCCUUCCCCAAUGUAUAAAUCUCAUAAAUCUCUGUAAUAAAUACAUCCCCUGCUUUCCACCAAAUCUUCAAAAACAUGCCUGCAAUUGUACAGAUUUCUAAUGAAAAACUUUCUGAAGUGCUAGCUGUGAAUUAGGUUAUAUCCAAGGCAUACCUGAAUACAUGUUUUGGAUUUUCUACCAA